CGUCCCCCGUCGUACCCAACCGCCUUUGUCGUUUACGUUGGCAUUGGCUUGCCAACAGCUGUCUUUGAACAUUGUCAGUGCUGGUAGUGCCGACGUGCCGUCCACGUCGAUUCUCGCGACACGCUGCGAUCGAAUUUUUUUUGUUCUUGUUUUCUGGUGUUUGUGUAUUUAUAAAAUAUAAUUGUUCGUGUUUACAUUAAAAUUUGUGUGUUUGACUAUUGUUAAUUUUCUCGUGUGUCUUGUACUAUUGCCCUUCCCUACGUGUGCGAGUUCGAGUGAGGCGUCAGUGUCCGUUUUGAAAGACUUUUUUCCGAUCGUGCACUUUGAACAUUUUCCGGUACCUACGCGCGCCGGCCAUUCACCCACCGAUACGUCUGCCUUCAUAGAAUGUCAAUUUAUUCUCAAUGUAACAUGCAGAUAUUAUAAACUGGUUUGAAACAUUAUCAUAAACACAAAAAAAUGGGGUCUAAAUUGAAUAGUGAAAAGAAGAAUAAAAUUGGUAAUCACGGAGAACAUUCCACAUGGUUCGAUACAAAAACAGUUGUACAAAGGAACAAUGAAUAUAAUUUUAUGAAAGAAUGUUCUGUAAAUUUUGCUUCCCCAAUCAUUAUGAAGAGAUUAAAAAAGUAUGCUAGAAAACUACCAGAGACCAAAGAGGAGUUUACUUUUGGACUGAACCAAAGAUACCCUAAACGGAGGAAAGUAGAACAUUAUCAAGAGAUACUACUCAAGAAUAAUUUCAUAGGACCAUUUAAUUCUGAACAUCAAACUAUAAUUUCUGUUAAAGACUUCCGUACACUUAAGUUUAAACCUGAACGUUAUAAAACUAAAAAUUAUAAAACUUCAUUACUAUUUCCAAAAUUGAAUCCAGAGAUUGUUUUAGAUUUUAUUAAACAGCCAUCUGUAAAUAAACUUAUGAAGCUAUUAGAUUUAAUGUAUACUGAAUCUAUACACUAUCACAAACAUUCAAUUGAUUUAACAGACCGUGAACAAAGUAGGCGAAUAAUAUCUAUAGAACUUAAAAAAUAUUUAUUUGAAUUAUGUUAUCAAAAAUUCUGUGAAUUAUGGCUGCAAAAAACACCUAAUAUAUCAGUAUUAUCAACAAAACAACUAAAACGAUUCAUACGUUCAUUACUUAGGCACACUAGAUGUAAAACAACUAUAUGUACCAUGAAUUUAAAAAAAUUAAUCCUGUACAAUGGAGGUUUGACAGGAUAUCCUAAAAAACCCCAUUUAGUACUUUGUAUUAAUAUUAUUUGUAGCGUAUUCACUACUUUAUUGAGGAAAAGUUCUAGAAUGCUCACUAAGGAGAAUAAAAAAAAGGUAAAUUCCAAGAAAUAUAAUAAAGACGAAAAACAGUCUAUCAAACUCUAUAAAAAAGGCACAACAAAGAAAAAAAGUUUCUUAGAUAUUGUUAAUGAAUAUAAACAUAUAAUGAAAACCGAUAGACUCAGUUUUUAUCAAGUAGCUGACAUAAAGCAUGCUUAUGAAGGCAUUUUAGAACCAGGGCAAUACAUAACAAAAGAAGAUUUAGAUACAUGUGCUAAUGAAAAUUACAAGUUUAACAUAAACGACCAUAUUAGUUUCGAUGAGAAUAAUGAUGACUUUAUUUUUGAUGAUAUUGAAAUUACAUCUGACAGUGAAUUACCAUUUUUUGAAAAUUUUCCUGCUCCUAAGCUUGAAAACUGUUUUCAGGAGAUUAAAUUUGAACAUAGUCUUCGUGAGUAUGUUAAAGAUGUCCAACCUAAUAAUUCUUUUGGUCUCAAAUAUGAUAAGAAAAAUGGGUCCAUAGAAGCAAUAGAGAGAGAAGUUCAUAUCCAAAGUACUUCCAAAGAAGACCCUUAUAUUAAUAUGGAAAUUUCUUCCAAUGUUUUAGAGAGAACAACUGCUACAAAUUAUUCAGGAGCAGAAACUUCUUCUGAGAAUUUAGGACUAGAAAGACCUACAAAUACUUUAGUAAAGAAAAGAAAUAGUUCAAGCAAUUAUUCAAAAAUAUGUGAAAGAUUUAUAUAUAAAUUAUUAUCAGAUCCAAUAACAUUAACUAAAUCAGAAAAAAGAAUGUUAAGAACUAUAAUUUUUGCAGACAUGAACCCAUAUAAAGUUAAGUGGAAAAGGCGGAAAUCUUCUGAAAAAUCAAGAUUGUUUCAAUUUAUUGUAUAUUUCGGAAGUUUGAAAAUGGGACUUUGUGAUAAGCUUCACUUGGACCUUCUGGAUUUAAAAGGAAAAUAUAUAUGUGAUAUGAUAGAUAUCGAAAAAUUAUUGAAAUCAAUACAAAUUGAAUCCUGCGUUUUGGAAGAAUAUUUUAGCUUUACAGAAGUAGAUAAUUUUUUAAUUUGGCCAUUGGGUAAAAUGAUUGUUAAUAAUAUUAUUUCACAAAGCAGUCCAACUAUUAACAUUUUAUUUAGUUUUGUUAAAAAAAUCGUUAAUUCAGUCUGCAAAAGAGUAAAAGAUUUCUGUCGCAAUUCUGGACUAAGAAUUGUAUUGAAUAAAGAAUCUCUUUUUGAGAAUUUAUCUGAUGUUCGGAUAGUAAAAGACGUCCUUACUGAGCUAUCACUGAAAUAUGCAAAUAUUCAUACUUAUCCAUUACCAGUCGAUAAUGACGAAUUUUCAAAUAAUACACCAGGAACAUCAAACUCGGAACAUUUUUGUGUCACAAACACAGGGUUUUGUAUAAAGAAAAACAGUUCAAAUGAAGAAAUAUGUAAGAGUAUGGUUAAUAUUCUUAAAUCAGAUGAUUCUAUUCAUCAGUCUUGGAAAGAAUGUAAUAAUGCACGUAGGUUUAUAUCCAAGCUUCUGAAAGCUGGUGUCACAUUGCCAAUAAAAGAAAGUAAUACUGGACACGGUUCAAAAUUUGUUGAAGUAUAUGUAAGAUGGUUUUGUGAAGAAUAUCUUGAAGAUGAUAAGUUUUAUAAAUUGGCAGUAAGUAUCUUGAAAAAUAUUUUUUUUUAUAUUGAUACUGCAAGUGGGUUUACAGACAUCAACAUUGAAGAUGCAAUUAAUAAUGCGUUAAUGAUAUUGUAUGAUCAACCGUGUUUUGCAAAGGCGUAUGAAUCGUAUCUUAAUACCAAAUACCCUAAGUGUUUGUCUAGUUCAAAACAUGACAGUACUAAUGAUACCGAAAACCACAGUGAUUAUAAAGGUGUCAAUAUAAGAGCUAUUGAAGAACUGCAAAUUGAACCAAAUGUUCAAACGGACCCGAUAGACACCAAUAAUGUUGAUAUGUCACAUGUUCCUAGCAAUAUACCUACAUCUAAUGAGUUUAAUGUUUUAAAUAAUGUUACAUUUAAAAAUUCAGUUACUCCAGAUCUUCAAUCUACAAAUUAUGAUAUAAACAACCUGAUAGACACCAAUAAUGUUGAUAUGUCACUUGUUCCUAGCAACAUAACCAUAUCUAAUGUGUUUGAUGUUUUUAAUAAUGUUACAAUGAAGAAUUCAGUUACUCCAGAUCUUCAAUCUACAAAUUAUGACAUAAACAACCCGAUAGACACCAAUAAUGUUGAUAUGUCACUUGUUCCUAGCAAUAUACCCACAUCUAAUGUGUUUGAUGUUUUAAAUAAUGUUACAAUUAAGAAUUCAGUUACUCCAGAUCUUCAAUCUAUAAACUAUGACAUAAACAGUGAUUUUCUUCUUCAAAAUCUUAUAAAUGAAAAUACUAAUAAUUUGAUGGAAAAUAUUGGUGUUAUUGAUGAUGGUAUUAAUAUAUUUAAUAAUCCUGAUACUGUCAUGAUGGAUAUUGAUGAUCCUAGUUAUAAUAAUAUUCCUGGUUUUAAUGAGUUUAAUGAAGAUAGUCCAUUUGAUGAUGCAAUUCCAACAACAGUUAUGUCACUGGACUAUAAUUUGUCCAAUGGUAUAUUAGAGUCUGGUAACUUAGAAUUUCAACAAACCAAGAAUAUGGAAGAAAUUGCUCAAGUACCAAUAAACUCAGUUGAUUCAUUUAUUAUUUUUGGAGAGAAGGAAGAAGAGACAAACUUACAACUUCAACAAGCCAAGAACAUGGAAGAAGUUUCUAUGAUAUCCUCUGAUCAACUUGUUUAUUUUGACCAGAGCGAUGAAAUUAACCUUAAUGAACUUAUGGAGACAGACAUUGACAAUUAUGGUUUUUACAAUGCUGGCGUACUAUUGCCACCUUAGAAGUGAAUGCUAUCAGAUACAUCAAACACAGUUUGCAAAAAUUAUUUAUUUAAAGAUUAAUUAAAAUAUGUCAGUAUGCUUUUGUUAGUUAGUUAAUAAUUUUUAAUUAUGAAAAGGUUAACUUUACUUUUACUAUCUUUGUUCUAAUUAUUAAAUGUGAAUAAAACAAAAUAAUAAUCAAUUAUCUUAUAAACAUUUUUAUUUUUGUUAGUAUAAAUUGAAAGUAAUAUUUAAGUGUCUAAAAAUGUAUAAAUUAAAUUAUAAAAAUAACAUUAUUUGUGUUAUAGUUUAAAUACUUUUAACUGUUUAUUGUAAUGUGUUUGCAUUUAUAUUAUCUAUUAUGUUGUCUGCAAUGUAUAUACAAUAAUGUUACAUAUAGUACAAAAAGGUAGCUAGUAAGAAUUAUUUAUGUUUUAUUUCAAAAAUUUGACUAUUAAUUAAAGUUAAAUUUAAUUAAAAUAAUCAAAAAUUGUUAUUAUUACAAAUGUUACAUAAACGGUUUUUUUUUAGAAAUAAUAUUAAAAAUGAAUGUUGAAAUGAAUCAUGCUUAGUUGUUCUUUAAAUUAAGAAGUUACAAUUACAUUGUUUGUCAUUAUCAGAUAUACAAAAGGUAGUCAAUAUCUUUUAGUUAUUUCUCACAAAAUAUUGUCAACAAUUUCAAUAAGUUCAAACAAUUUGAUGAUAAUAUUAUCAUCCCGAUUAAUGAUAUGAUGACAUUAAUGAUAAUUUUAUUCUAUUCAAAAUCUUAUUUUUUCUCAGAAAUAUAAUUUGAAGUUCUUAUUGAUGUAGGUACAUAUUGUACAUUUAAUUGUGUAGGGUCUUGGUUUAUAUUAGAUAAUUUUUCUCGUAAUAAAACUAAUAUUUAUAGGUACAUUACAAAAUGUUUUUAUUGAAGGACUCCUAUGGUGCUUUAUACAUUUUAUUAUUUAUUUAUGUUAUUUUAUUUGUCAAAAUAGUACUUUGUUUUUAUUAUUUUCACUAUUUUUUAAUUUAAGAUAAUAUUUUUCAUUGUAUUAAUUGCCAUGAUAUGUUAUUUAAUACCCUCCUUUAGUUGUUAAUACUAAAUACGAAAUACCUACAUCAUAAGUUGGUUUUCCUGGCGUUUUGGAAAGAAUGCCAUUGGAAGUACUAUAUACCAUCCAGAUCCAGUAGUGUAUCAAUUAUCAAAAUUCAAAUUUAUAUACAUAUUUUUUUUUUUUAUUGAUUGUAAGUAGACCUUAAAAUGAAUAAUGAUGAAUUAUUUAUUAAUGGUUUUUGUUUUUUGUUAUGAUCCAUAUUAUAUCAGUUUAAACAACUUACUUAUGACACGUACUUAUAAUAUUUUGUACCUACCUAUAUAUUAAAUUAUAUUGUCUGAUACCUCUCAUACUAGCACACUUAUUGUAUUUUUCUCUAUAUGUUUUCUGUGCAAGGUGUGAUAUUUAAUUAAAUAAUGUUCAUUACAUUCGGAUUUUAAAUUUAUUUUUGUAAUCUGGUUCAGUGGACGUGUUUUCCAAAAUAAUUAAGUUUUAGUCCAUAUUAUCAGACGUUAUAUUAUGUAUAUUUUAUGCUUAAGUGUUAAGACUGAUAAAAAAAUGUAUAUUAUAUUUACUCUAUUGUACUUUUGUUUACUGAGUUCAAUUUGUUGUGAGGUGGUGUCUGUAUGAAUCAGAUUCAUAAAAUGCUUACUCGGCUAAUUAUUGCUCAAAGCACACCGACAUCAAUUUGAGUUCCUAGAAUUUAUUAUUUGAUAUAAUUUAGUAAGUUCUUGAUGAAUUGUAUUAUACUACAUUAUACCUACCUAUAUAUUUGUAUAAAUUCUAAGAAAAAAUGUAUCCAUUCUCAAUUAUGUGUAUUCCUAAUUGAUUUUACUCUUAUAUAGUUACAUCAUAAUUAUUUAAUUGAGUUACUAUAUUAUUAUUGUCUGAAGUUAAUUGUAAUUUUAUGAAUAAUGAU